AUGGAUUUCACCUCUGAUACGACAAAUUCACGGGACACUUCGAAUUCCCAUUUAAGUCUGAACGAGGUUGUGGGCCCAAACCAAACGGGACAGGACGCAAACACCGAUGACGAAGAGAAGCUGCAACUAUCGCUAUUAGAUGACGAGGAGUUACGUGCUUUGAGACUGCAGGAAGAGAAGGAGGCUCUGUUGACGAGAAGGAAUACUCUUUUGCAAGAGAUUCAAUCAUACCAGAAUGUUUUGAUGAAGGAAAAUGCUGCAAAACAACCAAGCGGUGACAUUUUGCAGAACGAUAUCACGCAAGAUUUUCUUGACUUGAUCUCGAUCUCGUCCUCUAAGCCCAAUCAUGUGGUGAAUGACCGCAAAAGAGUCCAAAAUAUCAAUGGUCUCACCGGUUUACAAAAGGAACUGAUAACGAAAUAUGACACACUACCUUUAUUAAAUAUGAAUCUACGGUUAAGUUAUUUAAGAGACCAGACGUACCCGCAUCUUCAGGUCUCUGUCAAAUCUAGAAACAGGGUGAACAAUGGCGAGAUUGAGAUUUUGGUGGUCAAUUUCAAAUUCUGCAGGAACACAAUGAAUCCAUUUGAAAUCCAAUUCAAAAUGUUAUAUAAUUUUGGAGACUCCACCUUGCAGAAAUGGGAAAUCUUGCGCAUCUCCACAAACAUCAAGUUGAAAACCAAGCAAUUGUUGGCAACACGCAACUUCCAGAACUGCCUACUAAGUCUUUACGAAUUCGACAGGAUCAAGUCGAAGAAAAUCGAGAUUUUCCAAAACCUAAUCAAUUUGUUGAAGAAGAAAACCAAAUGUUAUCUAGCGAACAACGGAGACUCGUUAAUCGUCGAGAGAGUGUUCAGAGAAGGACGGUUGACAACGAUAAAACUACAGAUCAACUUCAUCAUCGUCAUGCCCAGUGGGAGGGGCAAACCUCCGAAUUGUUUCCUGCCCAUGAGUAAAAUAUCCAUAAACUUGUGGAAAGGUGGUGAAAGAUUCAACCAGUUAAACUUGGAUGAGAUCUGUCACGGAUUAAUCAUGGAGUACGGGGUGAAAGCCGGGUUGAAAGAAGUUUGCAACGUUUGCUUAUUCCCGGACAUUUAUGCUCGGUAA